CAAUCCUCUCAGGCCGGCAGUGUAUUCAUUUGAAUGGUAAAAACUGCAGGACGCUAGCGAGGCUGCAGACAAACAGUUGUGCUAAAGUUUAACCAGUUUUUCACGUUUUGGAAUUGCACACCCGAAGAAAACUCCAGACACUUCACAAAAUGUUUCGUUUCCUUUAUUAUGGCAGCUGGUAGGCAUGUCUGGGAACGGGAAGUCUUUAAGGUCAAACCUGAGAAAUCCAAUGGCUUUCUGCGACCCUGUCUGCAUCUUCCUGCUGAAAAGAACAUGAAGAAGGUGGAAAUUAUAAAUAAGGAAGAAUUAGAUAAAGAAAGAUUUCAAGUGCAUCACAGAGCAAACAGACCAGGCAAAGGGAAGCGAUUGUCAUCUCUCAAGAGGAAAAGCUGUACAUUGGUGGAGGUGGGCGUAAAGCUGCACUGCAAAACAUCAGAUGUAGGCCGUGUCCAUGACCGCGGCAUGGCCAACAAAGAAAAUGAGCUGACAUGCUCCGAUGAUGUGCGGGGCAUUCACUACAAUGACAACUGCGGAUUCCCUAUGAACUCUGCAGAGGCCUCCAAGAUGGCUGGGGCCAGCUCGAAGUACAGUGACUUCACAGAGCUAUCAAAGGACCAUGAAGCGAUGACUCAUGUCCUAUUUGGAAGGAAUCUACGACUAAAAGUAGCCCUAACACUAUGGCGAAGAAACGCCAGUGAAUUAGUAGCCUACCUAUUGAGAAUUCAGGAUGCAGGGGUGCUACUUGACUGCUUACCUGUCUUGACAAAUAAUCUUCAAACAGAAACACCAUGUUUAUCACUUGGCUGCUGCGUUGACCUCAUGCCCCAAGUGAAAGUGACUCUCACCAGUAAAUAUGAAGAACACAUAGCAGUGGGUUUACACUGGGUUCAAGCCGUUAUCAGGAAGUGGUGGCCAGAACUUUCUAAGAAUGAGAAAAGACUGCAGGACAGUUGUUCAGAAGACAGGAAUAUUGAAGUCAUGAAGCAGCGGCUAAAAGACUUAUGGAAGGAAGGAGCCCGACUAUGUUUGAUUCCAGGAUCCACAGGAGAACUGGCCAAGGCCAUUGAGGCUUAUCUGUCACAGUUGCCCUGACAGAUGUCAUGUAGUGCUCUGCGACUGUGACCACUACUGCCAGAUCAUGGCUGUGUUUCACACUGAUAGCGAUACCAGAGAAAUGGACUGGUUCAUUCUGCCACUUAAAACUCAAACCUCUUAACUGGGACUGAACUUGACAAUUCAGACAACUCCCUCAGUUGGAGCUGGAGACGCUUAAGGACGGCUGAGAGAGUCUUUCUGCUAAAUACACAGAAAGUGACUGCUUCACAUUGAAGUGGAUCGUCUUGUGAAGGGGCACAUCGCGGACCUCCAUGAGACUGGGUGUACGUCGCUCUAUGAAGUGCCAAUGCUCUUUCUCACCAUACCACUCUUUGCCAUGGAAUGCAAAUGCACUUGUGGAUGUAAUUAAUGCUCCGCUGUUUUGAUGUUUUUGCACCUGGAUUCUUUGGAAUCGGGAACUUGAAUCAGUCUUAAGUUAUUAGAGCUCCUCUUGUUUUCAUUUUGCCUCUUCAUAUGACAUUUGACUGUAUAAUGUAAAAACAACUGAUUCUUUUAAUCUUCUUUUAAUAAAUUUUCUAAAAAUCAAAAUGUGAUUCUUUUGAUAUUUCAGUUUUUGUACAUGCAAAGAAAGACAAUAAAUUUUGUU